AUGAAAAUGCUGAAGCCGCACAAACCCCAGCUGGAACGCCGGAUCGUUGGCCCAACCAACCGGUGGCGUUUCCCCAGAGAGCCUUUUCUGGGAGACCUGCUGGCGCUUUCCCAGAUGUGCAAGGCUCUCAACGUAGACUUUGACGAAGUUCUGAAGAACCCAGACAGGUUAUGCAUUUCACAAGUUCAGAAAAAUUUCCCUGAGAAUUUGAAGAACAAGGCCAUCCAAAGCGGGGAGGCAGGUGUGAUCCUCGAAUGCCUUGGCUUCAGAUGGGAACUCCAUCAGCCCCAGCUUUUUCAGUCUGAGACCUUGACCAAGCUUUACAUGAUGGCCCUGGCCUGCGACAACGCAAACCCUGAGAAGGAGCUGGAGAAGCUUCUGCAAGCUCAGCUGCCCGCGAAGAUCAGAGAACAACGCCCCGUAAAGAAGAUGAUCAUUUCCUUGAAGAUCAACGACCCUCUGGUCACCGAAGCUGCCUUCGCCGAGGCCCUGAAGAAUCUCUACCUGCGCGAGGUGAAGGUGAGCGUGGACGACGUGCUGGGCGUGCUGGCUGCGGCCCGCGUUCUUCAGUUCCACAGCCUGUUCCAAAGGUGUGUGACCAUGAUGAUGAACGGACUCACGCCGAGCACCAUCAAGAACUUCUACCUGGCCGGCUGCAAGUACAAGGAAGAGCCGCUCACCACUGCCUGUGAGAAGUGGAUGGAGAUGAACUUGGUCCCUCUGGUGGGGACACAGAUCCACCUCCAGAAAAUCCCGCAGGAGCUGCUCCACAAAGUGCUGAGGUCCCCCAGGUUGUUUACUUUUAGCGAGUUUCGCCUUCUGAAAACACUUCUUUUGUGGGUCUACUUGCAACUGAACAACAAAACUCAGACAAUUCCGACGUACGAAACUGUGCUCUCAUUUUUUAGCAGCUUCCCCAGGGAGCGUUCCUUUCUGGACCGGGAUGUGGGACAGAACUGGGUGCCGCUCUUCCUUUGCCUGCGUCUGCACGGCGUCACCAAAGGCAAGGAUCUGGAGGAGCUAAGGCACAUUAACUUCUUCCCUGAAUCCUUGCUGGUCCGGGUUAUAGCCAACCAUUACCACGCGCUGGAGAGCGGGGGCGACAUGGCCCACCUGAAAGAUCUUACCACCCAGGGGGUGAGAUUCGGGCUGCUCUUUAACCAGGAGUAUACUACACACUCAAAAGUGAUUGCCAUAUAUGGAUUCUUCUUUGAGAUAAAGGGAAUCAAACAUGAUACUACUUCAUAUAGUUUUCAUAUGCAGAGAAUAAGGCACACCGACUUGGAAUUCGCCUCCUGCGUCUAUGAGCACAGCCCCAUCAGCCUGAGAGCAGAGCGCCUGGUGACGUACGAGAUCAGAGCCCAGACCCUGGUGGACGGCAAGUGGCAAGAGUUCACGACGAACCAGAUCAAGCAGAAGUUUGGGUUGGUCAGGUCGUCCUGCAAAAGCCACGCCUUGAAAAUCCAAACUGUGGGCAUCCCAAUCUAUGCAAGUUUUUCGUUCAUCUUCUCAUUAUCUUAA